CUCGCCCGACGGCGGCGGGGGCGGGGGCGGCGGCGCGGGCGGCGGGGGCGCGGGGGCGGCGGGGGAGGACCCCGGCCCCGGCCCCGCGCCCGCGCCCCCGCCCGAGGGCGCCCAGGAGGCCGCGCCCGCGCCCCGGCCGCCGCCCGAGCCCGACGACGCGGCCGCCGCUCUGCGCCUGUCCCUGGACCAGCUGUCGGCGCUCGGGCUGGGGGGCGCGGGCGACACGGACGAAGAGGGGGCGGCCGGGGACGGCGCGGCCGCCAUGGGGGGCGCGGACGGCGGGACAGCCCCGGAGCCCGCGCCCCCCGACGGGCCCGAGGCCGGCGCGCCCGCGCCCCCGGCCCCCGCUGCGGCCGUGUCGGUGGCCCCCGCGCCGCUGCAGCUGCUGGACCCGGGCUCGAGUCCCCCCCCGCCGCCGCCGCCGCCGCCGCCGCCGCCCCGGCCGUCGGCCCCCGACGUGUUCGCGGGCUUCGCGCCCCACCCCGCGGCCCUGGGCCCCCCGACGCUGCUGGCCGAGCAGAUGAGCGUGAUCGGCAGCCGCAAGAAGAGCGUCAACAUGACGGAGUGCGUCCCGGUGCCCAGCUCCGAGCACGUCGCCGAGAUCGUGGGUCGCCAGGGUUGCAAGAUCAAGGCCCUGCGGGCCAAGACAAACACCUACAUCAAGACCCCGGUGCGGGGUGAGGAGCCAGUCUUCAUCGUGACAGGCCGAAAGGAGGACGUGGAGAUGGCCAAGCGUGAGAUCCUGUCGGCGGCGGAACACUUCUCCAUCAUCCGUGCCACGCGCAGCAAGGCUGGGGGUCUGCCCGGCACUGCCCAGGGCCCGCCCAACCUCCCGGGACAGACUACCAUCCAGGUGCGCGUGCCCUACCGGGUGGUGGGGCUGGUGGUGGGGCCCAAGGGCGCCACCAUCAAGCGCAUCCAGCAGCGGACGCACACCUACAUCGUGACGCCCGGCCGCGACAAGGAGCCGGUGUUCGCGGUCACCGGGAUGCCUGAGAACGUGGACCGCGCGCGCGAGGAGAUCGAGGCUCACAUCACGCUGCGCACCGGCGCCUUCACCGAUGCGGGCCCCGACAGCGACUUCCACGCCAACGGCACCGACGUCUGCCUGGACCUGCUCGGGGCGGCCGCCAGCCUCUGGGCCAAGACACCCAACCCCGGACGACGGCCCCCCACGGCCACGGCUGGCCUCCGCGGGGACACGGCCCUGGGCGCCCCCAGUGCCCCCGAGGCCUUCUACACGGGCAGCCGCGGGGGUCCCCCUGUCCCGGACCCGGGUCCCGCCAGCCCCUACAGCGGCUCUGGCAACCCGGGCUUCGCCUUCGGCGCAGAGGAUGCGGGCGCCGCGGUGGGGACCGCCGCCCCUGAGGACUGCGACUUCGGCUUCGACUUCCUGGCGCUGGACCUGACCGUGCCCGCCGCGGCCACCAUCUGGGCGCCCUUCGAGCGCGCGGCCCCCCUGCCCGCCUUCAGCGGCUGCUCCACCGUCAACGGGGCCCCGGGACCGCCCGCCGCCAGCGCCCGGCGCAGCAGUGGGGCGGGGACUCCCCGCCACUCGCCCACGCUGCCUGAGCCCGGCGGCGGCCUCCGCCUGGAGCUCCCGCUGUCCCGCCGCAGCGCCCCGGACCCGGUGGGCGCGCUAUCCUGGCGGCCCCCACAGGGGCCCCUGACCUUCCCUGGCGGCGCCGCCUUCUCCACGGCCACCUCGCUGCCCGGCAGCCCCGCCGCCACCUCCUGCGCCCCGCUGGACUCCGGUACCGCUUCCGAGAACAGCCGCAAGCCCCAGUCGGCGUCCUCCGCGCCGGCGCCGGCCCUGGCACGGGAGUGCGUGGUGUGCGCGGAGGGCGAGGUGAUGGCCGCGCUGGUGCCCUGCGGCCACAACCUCUUCUGCAUGGACUGCGCCGUCCGCAUCUGCGGCAAGAGCGAGCCCGAGUGUCCCGCCUGCCGCACGCCGGCCACGCAGGCCAUUCAUAUCUUUUCCUAGAGCGCGCGCCUGCACGUGGCCACCUGCGGGGCCGGCGGGGAGGGGCGGGGGCGGCGGGGGCGGGGCCGUGUUCACAGAUGCGCUUUAACUCCCGUCCCAGGCGUGGAGACCGAGACCCCGCAGCCCGGCGGCGCCCCCGCCUUUCCGUGACAGUAUUCAGUGGUCAGGUUACAAUAAACCAGAGAGAAAAGGUCCGCUUGCACUUUUUUUUCCUUUUUUUUUUUUAUUUUUUAGGCACCCCUCCCCUCCAGGGUGGUCUUUAAAAAAAAAACACACACACACAGUUUUUUUACAGUGCUCGGUGUUUUCCUUCUGUCCGAAACCGUUUUCUGAUUUGACUGUUUUCUCGGCGGCUGGUCUCAGCCUGCACAGAGGUUUCCAGAGGAGGAGGGUGACGUUUUUACUCCCGUUUUGGGGCUAACCAUUUAUGCUUUUGUACAUGAACCAUGCGCAGCCGGAGGGGCGCAGGGGGGUGGGGGGCGAGGGGCGUUCCAAUCAGAAAUUUCUAACUUUCUGUUAAUUAUUAAUCCCCUUUCUACUGCCGUUUCUGUUGUCAUUUUUUAA